CAGGACCCCUUUGCCCCCUGGAAGAGUGAUCGGAGAGGACAAAGGCGAGUAUUUUUCAUAACAGUGGUUUUUUACUUGGGACUACUUUGGGAGGCGGAUGGACACCUCAGCUUACGAGGGCGGGGCCGGUCUGGCAGGAACCGCAUAAAUGCUGGUGGGACUGCGUCACGCAGUAGAGUACAGCUGCGGCGGGACAGAGCCUUCUUUUUUGGUGUGCAACGUUCAGGGCCGGAGACUUCAAAAUGCAGAUCUUUGUGAAGACCCUGACUGGCAAGACCAUCACCCUUGAGGUUGAGCCCAGUGACACCAUUGAAAAUGUCAAGGCCAAGAUCCAGGACAAGGAAGGCAUUCCCCCUGAUCAGCAGAGGCUGAUCUUUGCUGGCAAGCAGCUGGAAGAUGGUCGCACCCUGUCUGACUACAACAUCCAGAAAGAAUCCACCCUCCAUCUUGUGCUGCGCCUGAGGGGUGGCAUGCAGAUCUUUGUGAAGACCCUGACUGGCAAGACCAUCACACUUGAGGUUGAGCCUAGUGACACCAUUGAGAAUGUCAAGGCCAAGAUCCAGGACAAGGAAGGCAUUCCCCCUGAUCAGCAGAGGCUGAUCUUUGCUGGCAAGCAGCUGGAAGACGGACGCACCCUGUCUGACUACAACAUCCAGAAGGAAUCCACCCUCCAUCUUGUGCUGCGCCUGAGGGGUGGCAUGCAGAUCUUUGUGAAGACCCUGACUGGCAAGACCAUCACCCUGGAGGUUGAGCCUAGUGACACCAUUGAAAAUGUCAAGGCCAAGAUCCAGGACAAGGAAGGCAUUCCCCCCGAUCAGCAGAGGCUGAUCUUUGCUGGCAAGCAGCUGGAAGACGGACGCACCCUGUCUGACUACAACAUCCAGAAGGAAUCCACCCUCCAUCUUGUGCUGCGCCUGAGGGGUGGCAUGCAGAUCUUUGUGAAGACCCUGACUGGCAAGACCAUCACCCUGGAGGUUGAGCCUAGUGACACCAUUGAAAAUGUCAAGGCCAAGAUCCAGGACAAGGAAGGCAUUCCCCCCGAUCAGCAGAGGCUGAUCUUUGCUGGCAAGCAGCUGGAAGACGGACGCACCCUGUCUGACUACAACAUCCAGAAGGAAUCCACCCUCCAUCUUGUGCUGCGCCUGAGGGGUGGCAUGCAGAUCUUUGUGAAGACCCUGACUGGCAAGACCAUCACCCUGGAGGUUGAGCCCAGUGACACCAUUGAGAAUGUCAAGGCCAAGAUCCAGGACAAGGAAGGCAUUCCUCCCGAUCAGCAGAGGCUGAUCUUUGCUGGCAAGCAGCUGGAAGACGGACGCACCCUGUCUGACUACAACAUCCAGAAGGAAUCCACCCUCCAUCUUGUGCUGCGCCUGAGGGGUGGCAUGCAGAUCUUUGUGAAGACCCUGACUGGCAAGACCAUCACCCUGGAGGUUGAGCCCAGUGACACCAUUGAGAAUGUCAAGGCCAAGAUCCAGGACAAGGAAGGCAUUCCUCCCGAUCAGCAGAGGCUGAUCUUUGCUGGCAAGCAGCUGGAAGACGGACGCACCCUGUCUGACUACAACAUCCAGAAGGAAUCCACCCUCCAUCUUGUGCUGCGCCUGAGGGGUGGCAUGCAGAUCUUUGUGAAGACCCUGACUGGCAAGACCAUCACCCUGGAGGUUGAGCCUAGUGACACCAUUGAGAAUGUCAAGGCCAAGAUCCAGGACAAGGAAGGCAUUCCCCCUGAUCAGCAGAGGCUGAUCUUUGCUGGCAAGCAGCUGGAAGACGGACGCACCCUGUCUGACUACAACAUCCAGAAGGAAUCCACCCUCCAUCUUGUGCUGCGCCUGAGGGGUGGCUGUUAAGUUAUUGUGCAUCUUGCUUGACAAGGUUGCCAAUAGCACUUGUGUUUGCACUGUAGUUUAAUGUCUUAAUAUUAAGUUAAAUGCAAGGUUAAUGCAAGCUUAAGUAACUGCUGAACAACUGUCUGUUGAAAUGCUAAUAAAGUUUUCUGUUGCACAUUACAAA